AUGUCCGGCGUCAUUCGUUCGACCGCCCUCAGGGCCGGCGGAGCCUGCGUUCGCUGUCGCAAGGGCAAGACCAAGUGCGUCUACGAUCGCGGCCCCGGCAACCCGUGCAAAAACUGUUCCAAGGGCAUGCACGACUGCUAUCUCCCAUCCGAGAGCGCCGCCCAUCACAACGGACAGAGUCCUGCUCGCCACGUCGCCCAGUCUCGCCCCUCGCGCGACAGUCUCCCGGCCUCCGGGUCCGGCUCCUCUGAGGCCAGGCAAGCCGUAGUGGGCUCCAGCAGCUCUAGGCAUACUCAGGCCAGCUCCGAAAAGCUGACUCCAGAGCUCAUUGCUGAGUGUGAGCGCGUCGUCUCCAAAACCUUCCCAGCUUGCGUCGCCUUCCACAAACCCUCAUUUGUCCAGCAGCUCAAGAAUGCCUCCCUUGAGUCCACUCUCGUCUACGGGCUCUUGGCCUGUGCUUCUCGGAGCUCCCCCAGCCUGAUCCGCCGCUAUGGCAGCUCGACCCAGGCUGCUGAGACAUACGCCGCCAAGGCUAUGACCCUCAUCAACAGCAACCUCGACCAUCCUAAUCUCGCCGACAUUCAGGCCCUCUGUCUCAUCAUCAUCCACGAAUGGGGCUCGCGCAAUGCCGUCCGCGCAUACAUCUAUCUCGGCCAGGCCGCCCGCAUGUUGCAGAUGUAUCGCAUUCUUAACAGCCACCACGCGGGCGACGGUGACCAGUGGCUCCGUGACGAGAGUUGCCGCCGAACUCUCUGGCUCAUCUAUAUCCUCGACUGUCUUCUUACUAGCACUCCUGGCCGCUUCCCUGCCUUGACUGCCCAGGAUACCGCGACCGUCUCACUGCCUUGUUCCGACAUUAACUUUGCCUUCGGCAACAAUGUCUACAUCAAGUCGCUGGUGCAGUACCUGAACAGGGUUACUACCUCGCCCAGCCAUGGGCCCACUGGCGAAAUUGGCGAGUUUGGCUACAUUGUCAUUGCCGCCACUCUUUGGCGUGACGUUGUCGGCAUGCUCACUACUAGCCCCCUUCACGGCUACGACGAGGAAGACUGCUCCAAUCUCGUCGCCAAGAUUGAGGAUCUGCGCAACAGCCUGCCUAUGCAGUACGUAGACAAGCCGGGCCAGAUCAACCUGCACAUGACUAUGGGCUCGGGCUAUACCUUUGCUAUGCUGCACUGCCUCCUGCACUGCGCGACAAUCUUUGUCCACCGAAGACGCCUGCUGCAGGACGUCUAUGCCCACGACUUUACUGCCGAUGCGUACCGCAUGAGUGGCCGUGGCCAUGACAUUGUCGACAGGAUUUUCAGCUCCUGCCACGCCACGCUUUCCCUGCUGACUGCUGUUGAGGCAGGAGUUGAAAAGGAGCAGCUGCCGUCUUUCCCCAUUUUCAUGCUCUUCUCUGCCUUCACUGGUAGCGCCACCGUGGCCUAUCUCUCUCUCAAGGGCCUCACCCCCAACAAUGCUGCUGAGACUGCUGCCCACAUCGUUAGAGACGGUCUUCGAUUCAUGUCAGACGGCACCGACAACUGGCCUCUGAUGUCCAGCUGGCUGCGACACCUUACUGUCAUGCAGCGCGUGCUCAACAACGAUGCCGCUGCUGCCUCGGGUCGUUCCGCUUCCAACGCAAACAACGGCGUCAAGGACGAGAUCUCCUCCAACGCCGACACCAACCCUGAGGCUAUGGACUAUGAUCAGCCCAAUGGCCAGCAGCAUGCCACUGCCCAAUCCGUUGGCGAGCACUCCCGCGAUGGUAGCGAGCCCCCUACCGUCACCAUUCCCCGUCGCCCUGGCAUCACCACCAUAAAUGGUCACUCGAGCGGCGUGGCUACGCCCAGCAAUGCUACGCCGCCCCCAAGCAGCGUUCCCCAAGCUACCAUGCACGAGCCGAAGCCACAAAGUCCAGCCAGCUCCAACAGCGGCUCGUCCCAUGGCCAGGAAGCGCAGACGACUUCUACGAGCCAGGAUAUGACGGCCCCUGAACUCUGCGCUGCCUUUGAGCGACAGCUUCUUGACUUGGACGAUCUCGCCGCCUUCAUGGGUGGUGGUGUCUAA